AUGAAGCCUAAGGCGCCUGCCAUACCAUCCUUCGGAGUCGGUAGUUUUGAAUCGCCCCUUCCAUCGAAUCGGUUUUCCGAGCCAACGAACCCGUUGUCGACAAAACGCGAACAGGAGCAGCUUGGAAGCUAUAAUCGAUUGGGUUUUGCUGCUCGAAACACCAACACAGUGCCGCCGCUCUGGAAAUUUCGUCCAUCUUUACGCUAUGCGGACCCAACGCCGCGAAUCGUGACGCAAGGAGUCAGCGAUGAAGGCAAACGCGAAAAACUCUUGAUGGCAACCACGGACUAUUACAACCCUGCGAUGAAGCCAGCAACCUUCUACGAGCAGUGCUUUAAAAACAGAAGGAAAAUUGGAGAAGGUUCAUUUGGUCACGUCUGGCGAGCUACUUCACUUGAUGACGGUCGUGAUUAUGCCGUGAAGGUAGCCAUUGUCCCCUACAGAACUGGGGCGGAUCGCGAGCUCCGGCUGAGGGAAGUAUUCAAGCAUGAACGGCUUCCGAUUCACCCUAAUCUCGUCCGAUUUGUGAAGGCAUGGGAAGAGAAAGGUCGACUGUAUAUCCAGACAGAGAUAUGCGAGGAAUCGCUGGAGGAUUAUAUUGGAAGAAAGCACGAAGUUUCCACCAGGAUGGUCUGGAAUGUCUUCACCGAUAUCGCAAGCGCCCUCUCCGUGCUGCACGAGAGAAACUUUAUCCAUCUCGACAUCAAACCGGCGAAUAUCUUCAUCUCCUCCGAUGGAAUCUUCAAACUCGGCGACUUCGGCCUAAUUUUUGACCUGAACAGCGAUGAGAAGCACAGCCAUGAAGAGGGCGAUAGCAAAUACUUGGCACCGGAGAUCCUCAACGGCCCUCUGACAAAAGCCGCCGACAUUUUCAGCUUUGGGAUCACGGUUCUCGAGGUUGCUACCGACUUGAGCUUGCCGAGCAACGGUGAAUCUUGGCACCAACUUCGCACUGGUCAAAUUCCAGAUAGAUUUUGGCAAAAGGUCGACCCAAAACAACGAGCGCUUCUCGGCAGCAUGCUUGAUGUUGAUCCGCUGAGGCGCCCCACCAUCGAGACGAUCACGAAAAGGCUGCGCCAUUGGCGACUGGUGCGUCGUUCCCAACUCUACUUUUCUAAAGCGAAGGCUCUUGACACCAAAAAAGCGGAACUCUGCAGGGACCCGUUAACAAAUCGUCAUCCGAAGACUCAGGGCACGCCGGACCAUACCACUACACCGCUCAGCAUGCUGGCAUUCGAUCAGAUGUUAGAAGAUGAGACGCCAUCACGUCGCCCCAUAAAGCCGACGCCGAGCAUCCCGAAGCUCUCAUUCGACUCCGCCACCUCGUCAGAUGGCAGCCAUGACUCGAGCAUCCAUUACACAUCAAACCCUCGUCUUCGGAAGUCCAACAAAGGCCCACUCACCGUCAGUGCCUCAGCCGGAGACUGGAACAGGCCAACAUUGCAAUCACCGCUACCAAAGAAAGCCAAUUUCUUUGACGACGACCAAAGUGAUGAGGAAAUUUACUACCGGCAAAUGGCGCGAACUCUUCCACUGCCGAAGCACGACGAGCAACGGGUCCCGAUGCGCCAGCGUGCUGACAGGCGCCCGAUUCCCAAACUUGACUUGUCCCUGUUGGAUGAGGAUUCCUCGGAUAUGUUG